GCCGGCGGUGGCAGCAGCAGCGGCUCCAAUUCUCUCAUCUCUCAGUGCCACUUCGCGCUGUAUUCGUAACGGACAGCAGCAGCAGGGAAAUCGAAAUCCAACAAGUCGUUGAGGCGAUGUGCGAGCGACCUCGGGACGCGUACGGCCCCAGUGCCUCCUGCCCAUUCUGACCUCCGUUGUUUGUCGUCGCUCUUCUUCUCAUACUUGUUAGUUGGUUGCUGUCGUUGUUGUUCCUUGUUGUUGUUGUUGUUUUCUUCCUUCAUCCACAUGUUGUUGUUUUUGUUGUUGAUGGUGCUUGUGACUGAAAGGAUUAGUGUGCUCUCCACGCCUCUGUGAUGCCAUGGCUGUACUCAGAUCUGCUGUCGGUAAAGACACCAUGACUACCUAUGCCACCAAGAAACGAAAAAGCGCUGGAGUGAAAAUGGAGCACUUCCAGGCGGCUCUCGACCCCCGGAAACAGGAGCUCCUAGAGGCACGCUUUCUGGGCGCUAGGAUGUCCGCUGGAUCUCAGAUACAGAUGGCACCGCAGUCCACAGUCAACACAACCCAACCCGUGCAUAGCCAAGACUCCAACAUGAGUACAGGUUCGUCUCACAGCGACAAGGAGGUGGACCCGAAUACUCCGGAGAAGGUGCCUCGCACGCCGUCGGAUCGGAAGCGGAAACGGAAACCGGACGAAGGCGUCGGAGUGCCGGCCACCAAAGGCGUCCGGGCCCAGGUCGCCUUGGCGACCGACAAGAAGAUCAACGACUACUUCAAACACUCCGGCAACAGUCCUAUAAGGCACGCCGGGGCGAAGAGUCCUUCGUCCCAACAACCCUACCCAAUGUUGUCUAUAUUACAGUUACCUCCAUCACCUCAGCAGCAGGUGGGUAUCCCAUCUCCUCAGGUGUCUGUGAAUUCCGUUCCUCCCUUCGAAUACUAUAAAGCGCAAACACCUCGGUUGCCACCUCCUGCUAUGGUCAGCAAACAAAUACAGACUGAAUUAACGGUUAACAAGAUAACGGAGUUCGAGACGCAAGCGUCGUCGGACCUCGAGGCCCGCAAUGUUAAAAUCGAAGAGAUGACGCGACAGCAGGAAGAACUGCGGCAUCAAAUAUCGACGCAACAAAAAACGAUCGAUCAGCACAAGCAGCAGAUCAACAAAUGCAUCGAGGUGGUAAAGAAGCUCCUCAAAGAAAAGAGCUCGAUAGAGAAAAAAGAGGCAAGGCAGAAAUGCAUGCAGAACAGGCUCAGGCUGGGGCAGUUCGUGACGCAGAGGGUGGGAGCCACCUUCCAGGAGAACUGGACGGACGGGCACGCUUUCCAGGAAUUAGCCAGGCGGCAGGAAGAGAUCACGGCAGAGAGGGAGGAGAUCGACCGGCAUAAGAAGCUGUUGCUGAAAAAGCGGCCGUCAAACAACGAGAGCGGCAGAAAGCGAAACAACUCGAACGCGAUUCACAAUGGCACGGACUCUGGCUUCCUGAAGCCGGACGCGGUGCCCGGCUCGCUAACGCUGCAGGAGUACUACGAGGCGGACGAGAUCCUGAAGCUGCGGCAGAACGCGCUCAAGAAGGAGGAUGCCGAUCUGCAGCUUGAGAUGGAAAAGUUGGAAAGGGAACGGAAUCUGCACAUCAGGGAACUAAAACGCAUACACAACGAGGACCAGUCGAGGUUUAACAACCACCCGGUGCUCAACGACCGGUAUCUGUUGUUGAUGCUGCUGGGGAAGGGCGGCUUCAGCGAGGUGCACAAGGCGUUCGAUCUCAAAGAGCAGCGCUACGUCGCCUGCAAAGUCCACCAGCUCAACAAGGACUGGAAAGAAGACAAGAAGGCAAAUUAUAUCAAACACGCAUUAAGGGAGUACAAUAUCCAUAAAGCGUUAGAUCACCCACGAGUAGUGAAAUUAUAUGAUGUAUUUGAAAUAGAUGCGAAUUCCUUUUGUACAGUUUUAGAAUACUGUGAUGGUCAUGAUCUUGACUUUUAUCUGAAGCAGCAUAAGACAAUUCCGGAGAGAGAAGCCAGAUCUAUAAUAAUGCAGGUUGUUUCGGCCCUUAAGUACCUGAACGAGAUAAAACCGCCAGUGAUUCACUACGACCUAAAGCCGGGCAACAUUCUGCUGACGGAGGGCAACGUGUGCGGCGAGAUCAAGAUCACUGACUUCGGGCUCAGCAAAGUCAUGGACGAGGAGAACUAUAACCCCGACCACGGUAUGGACCUAACCUCGCAAGGAGCCGGCACCUACUGGUAUUUGCCUCCGGAAUGCUUUGUAGUGGGCAAGAAUCCGCCAAAGAUCUCCUCGAAAGUGGACGUGUGGAGUGUAGGAGUGAUUUUCUAUCAGUGUCUGUAUGGCAAGAAACCGUUUGGACACAAUCAAUCGCAAGCGACCAUACUGGAGGAGAACACGAUUCUGAAGGCGACCGACGUACAGUUCGCCAACAAACCCGCGGUCACAAACGAAGCCAAGAGCUUCAUAAGGAGCUGCUUGGCGUACAGAAAGGAGGACAGGAUCGACGUGCUGUCGCUGGCCAAGCACGAGUAUCUGCAGCCGCCGAUGCCCAAGCACUCGCGCCUGACGUCCACCCAGCAGCAGCAGCAGGCCGCGCAGCAACAGCAGGCGCAGCAGCAGCAGGCGUCGGGAACGGCGUCCUUCUCGACGGGCAUGUUCGGCGCGAUGAACGCCUCCUCUUCAUCUUAGUGCAGUGCUGUGUUGUUUCCAUAAGUUAUUUAAUUAUUAUUAUUAUUAUCGAUUUUUUAAUUGGUCGAGUGUUUCGGCUCGCAAUGGACGAGAAUCGUGGAAAAUUCUCCUGACGACUGCAGGACUUCAAAAUAAAAAACUAAACGAUCGAGACGUUUUCAAUCGUGAAACAGUGACGGACUUUUAUUUACUAAUUGAUGAACUCUAUCCACAUACAUAUAUAUAUAUAUAUAUAAAUAUAUUAUAUAUAAUAUAAGACUAACGGAGCGUUUUAUGUCAGAAUGCUACAGCUUGGAAAAACUAGUGUAGUAAACAACGCAAAUAAACGUCGUUUUGAUAUAUUAUCAAGACGAUUGCGGUUUUUCGCAGGCCUGUACGUUUCGACGUGAAAUUUUCCAUAUUUUAAAGACAUUGUUAUCCAAUGCCAAUGUUAUGGACAGGACGUUGCCGGGUUGUGCGCGUACUACCUUUCAAAUCUUCUCUUGUUGCUUACGCUUCCCCUCGUGGUUUUUCUUAUAAAGGUUGGGAUUUACUCAAAAGAGAAAAUGGGAAUUAUUGUUUUUGUUUGUAUUUUUUAUUUUUCACUUUCAAAUAUUAUUUCGAUUCAUUCAUUAUGCUGAUUCGCCAAAUAAAUAAUAAACUAUAAUCAACUAGAAUAGAAAAACUGGGUGCGCAUCACGACUGGGACCUCACGGAGAAGCUUCACGUUGUUUCCUAAUUUUGUUUGUAUUAAUUAUUGUUUUUGUUUUUUUUAGUUUAAGUACAAAAUACUUUAUAAAUAUUAGCGCCUUUUUUAAUAAAUUAUUUAAAAAUGAUUAAGUUUAAACGACGUUUAAGGGUGCGUGCGAGGCGAGUCGCGAUCGCUUAUGUUUUUCUAGUGGAAGAAUAAUAAAAUAAAUAAAUGAUAAAAGAGAACGUGUGUAAAAAUAAUUGUAAUUUGCUCUCUUUUUUUACUGUCGAUUCUCAAAACCGAUAAAAAAACAAAAAAAAUGUUGUAUGGCUAUAAAAAUACAGUGCAUAUGUGUGUAAAACGUUUUAAAUGUCUGCCUUUAUAACGAGAACCAAAAGUCACAAGUCCAGUUAAUUAUUAAGUGCAAAACUCAUAGUCGUAUGUCCCUUUUUUAUUUAAUGCUAUAUAUAUAUACAUAUAUAGAAACAAUUAUUAUAUAAAGUGACCUUGCUUUGUACCAUAGUGUGUUUUUGGUUUUACAUUUCCCCCCAUUUUUCUUUCUCAUCAAAGCUGAUUCUGGGUUGAAGUAAUUUUAAAAUUGGUUGGAUAUUAUUAUACCCAAAUUGUUUAUUUAUUUGACUUUUCAAGGAUUAUCUUGAAUAUUAAAAAUAAUUUUCCAACUUAAUUUUGAUCAUUCUUUUUUACAAAGUUUUUAAGCUACUGCUGGGAUUAAAUUUACCAAUACCAAGAAUCAUGCCCCUUCAUAAAACCACUAAAAUGCCCACUUUAUCUCACAACCAGCACCUUCAAGUGCCAGACAUACCCCAAAUAUAUUUAUAAAUUGACUGAUUUAAAGUGAGAAAAAAGAUUUUAUAAUGAGGAAUUCGAUGGAUGCAGCAAGUAUAAUAAAGUGAUAAAUCUUGCUGCUGUUUCUCGAAUUUCAAAGACGGCGUAAUGUUUAGUUUUCUAGUCGACUUUUGGUUUUGGUUGUGAGUAAAACGAGCGUUUUAUUACCCAUAUUGUAAUGUGUACAGAUCGAGGCCCAUGUUUGCAUCAAAUCCAUUUCCAAUUUAGCAGCUUUUUGGGGCAUUUUCAUAUGUAUACAUGUAGGUGAAAGGCUUACAUUGAGUAUAAAAAUAAAAUGUCUCAAACGUCGAAAAAAUCCAUUUACUUGUAUGAAACGGCGCAAACUCACGCCAAUGCAUUCAAAUUUGUUUCUUUUUUUAAUGGUAGUAGAAGCGUUGCAUUGAUUUGGUGCCGUUUCUUACAUACAAUAACUAGAACGUGGUUGGAUACUCGAGAAACUACGUUAGGUUCAGUAAAAAAUAAUUUCAAUGUAAAUAUGUGGGAUGUGAAGGGGCUGCGAAGGAAAAAGGCGCGAGGGAAUGCGCGAACCUAGCCUGGUGCACAGUAUUUGGCCACAAAUAAAGAUAGUGUAUAUUACACAUUGUUAUGCUAUUUAAAUGGAUCGAUUCGGUAAAUGAAAAAUGAAACCACAUGUAAAUAUAAUUAAUAAAGUUGUAAGAAAUUGAAUAAAACUUUUUGUGCUGCAAUAUUAUAAAGUUGAAUGCCAAACAUGUCCAACAUAACUAAAACUCGCAAUUAAUACAUACAUGUUACUUAUUUAUACUGAAUGUGUGGGCGGUUCCUCUGCCACGGACAUUGUGAUAAGAGUAGAUAAAGUCAUGUCUAGAAUGAAAAAAAUGUAUCGUUAUUUUAUUGUUUAUUGUACUGUAUCUAUACUUUUAUUUUAUACAAACAUUUUGUUUUUUCUUUUUUUUUUUGGUAUAUCCAACCGUUGUACAGUGUGUAUUUAAGUACACAGUAAAAGUUUUGAAAAUUAAGUUAAUUUAUUUUCUCUUCAGCAAUUUUACGAUUUAAAAAAAUAUAAGUUCUACUAAUUAAUUG